UUUCAACGUCAACUCUUUGAUUAUUUUUCCGUUUAUUUUGUCGCAACACUUCAAUUGAUACGAAAUUUUCUAUUUGACUACUACAAUUGAAUCGCAAGAGACAAUUGAAAAGAACGUGGAACUUGGAUUGAUAUAUUUAUCUUGAGUAACUGAGUUAUUUGGAUAAUUUGAAGGUUCUUGAAAAGACCCGGAAGACGAGAAGAUUGGAAAAGAUGGCUGAUAAUAAGAUCGAAGAAGGCGACAAAGUUUCCUGGAGCUGGGGCGGCGCAAAUCCAGAUGGAACCGCUGCGGAAGUAAAGGCUGGUGAAGUCUCAGUUACUAGUCAUCGCGGAAAUGAAAUCCAGAAGACGGGAGAUGAGGAGAAUCCAGCAGUACACAUUGAGAGAAGUGGAAAUGAUGUUGUGAAGUUGGCUAGUGAGUUGAAGGUGGAGGAGAAGGGUGAAGAGAGUAAGGAGGGAGAGGAGACGAAAGAGGAAGAGGAAGCCAGUGAAUCAAAGGAUACCAAGGAGGAGGCCAAGGAAGAGGCCAAGGAAGAGACUAAUGGCGAAUCCAAGGAUGAAGAAAUGAAGGAUGAAACCAAUGGUAAAGCCAACGGUAAAUCCAAGGUCGAGGAGGAAAAGGUCGAGGCCAAUGGUGAUUCAAAGGAUGAGACCAAUGGCGAAUCAAAGGUCGAAGAGGAGAAGGCCGAGACCAAUGGUGAAUCCAAGGAUGAGGAAAUGAAAGAUGAAACUAAUGUUCCAGACGAAAAGGUUGAAUCUGAGGGUGAAAAUAAGAAGGAAGAGGACGUUGAGAUGAAGGAUGGUGAGGACAAAUCUGAAGAAAAGACCACCGAAGAAAAGCGCGAGGAAAAGACUGAGGAAAAGAAUGUCAAGGAGGACGAGAAGAAAGAUUCGAACGGCAAAGAAGAUAAAUCCGAGACCAAACCUAAGGCCGGCAACAAGCGCAAGGCAGAUGAAUUGGACGAUGAAGCAGAGAGCCCAGAAGAGAACGGUACCAAAAAACAAAAGACCAACGCUACUUCUAAUGGUACUGCCAAUGGUACUGACUCAAAGAAGAAGCCUGGUAGACCAAAGGGUGCAUCCAAUGGUACACCUGCUAAGAGAGAGAAAAAGCUUCCUGCUGUUGGUCAAGCUCAACGAAAGACAAGAAGUCAAGCACGCAAGGAAUCUGUUUAGAUCUCUCAAGAGAUUAUAUUUUGUCCAUUUACAGGUUGAUGAACUUUUCAAUUAUUGAACACAUUUCCGACAACGAAAACCUCACAUGGAGCGAAUCUGGUUUCUUUCAAUUGGAAAAUCCACGGUAUAACAUUUGAAUACGUUUUCGAAUAAUUAGACAAUCUAUCGACUCGAAUCAUUUAGGUUAUAUGGGGAAAUAUGGUGAUGGGUUUUCGUGGUUGUUUUUUUACAUUUUUAUUUUUGCAUUUUUAUGCUUUGUAUAUUAUUGCGGGAAAGGAAAGCUAGGUACAGAGAUUCAAUCAUUCUCUGUACUUCAAUUGUUUGAUUUGGAUUGAGAGAGGGGAAUGGAAGAUGGAGAUGCGAGACGGGAAAUGACGAAUUAUGGGAUGAGGAUGCGAUGCGAUGCAAUGCCAUGAAAAGUGGAGCGAGUUAUCUAUAGGAAACCAAACGAAUAUGCAGAAUGAAAUUAUUAUUUACCAGACAUGAAGUGUGAGUUUUUUUGGUCUCUGUUGUACCUAGGUUACUGAAUUGACCUCGAGUACAUGGACUUGGACUUUGUG